AUGUGUACGUCUUCUGCAUAAGAAGAAACUGAGAGCAUCUCCAAUUAUUAACUUACAAGUUACACAAGACAGAGAUAGUAAGAGAGUAUGGCAGGAGAGACAGAGGCUUUGGCCACGACGGCACCGUUAGCUCCGGUCACCAGUCAGCGAAAAGUACGGAAUGAUUUGGAGGAAACAUUACCAAAACCAUAUAUGGCAAGAGCAUUAGCAGCUCCAGAUACAGAGCAUCCGAAUGGAACAGAAGGUCACGACAGCAGAGGAAUGAGUGUUAUGCAACAACAUGUUGCUUUCUUCGACCAAAACGACGACGGAAUCGUCUAUCCUUGGGAGACUUAUAAGGGAUUUCGUGACCUCGGUUUCAACCCAAUUUCCUCUAUCUUUUGGACCUUACUCAUAAACUUAGCGUUUAGCUACGUUACACUUCCGAGUUGGGUGCCAUCACCAUUGUUGCCUGUUUAUAUCGACAACAUACACAAAGCCAAGCAUGGGAGUGAUUCGAGCACCUAUGACACCGAAGGAAGGUAUGUCCCGGUUAACCUCGAGAACGUAUUUAGCAAAUACGCGCUAACGGUUAAGGAUAAGUUAUCUUUUAAAGAGGUUUGGAAUGUAACCGAGGGAAAUCGAAUGGCAAUCGAUCCUUUUGGAUGGCUUUCAAACAAAGUUGAAUGGAUACUACUCUAUAUUCUCGCAAAGGAUGAGGAAGGUUUCAUUUCUAAAGAAGCUGUGAGAGGUUGCUUUGAUGGAAGCUUAUUUGAACAAAUUGCUAAAAAGAACAAAGAGAGGGCCAAUUCUCGCAAACAAGACUAAGAAAAUUUGUUUGGUUAGCGAAUAAAGCUUUUUGGAAGAAAAGCAUUAUGUAAUAUAGCUUCUUAAUUUCGUCUUGUUGUCCAAUUUAUGGAUUUGUAUAAUGUGUUUGUAAACUAUGUUUCCGAGCAUAUAAGUAAGAGAAGAUGUUACAAAAAUAAAAGCAUUUGUAUACC